AUGGCACCGAAUAAACAGAACACGGCAGAGACGCGCAAGAAGCUAGCGGCAAACCUACAAGUUUUGCGCCGAUACGACGAGCACAUUCAGGCUAUUGUUGGCACGACCAGCCAUGUUGUGCUGUACCAGUUCCAGCAAGAGAGCUCGACGUGGGCAAAGAAGGACGUGGAAGGGGCUCUAUUUCUUUUUGAGAGGUCAUCAGCACCGCACUAUGGAUUCAUGGUGAUGAACCGGCUGGGUAUCGACAACUACACUGAGCUGCUUGGACCGCAGAUCAGUAUCCAGCCGACGGACGAAUUCCUGAUCUACCGACAGUCGGACGGGGCAGUAAUGGGGAUCUGGAUCUACGAGGAGGCGGACCGCAAGUCGAUUGCGACGCAGAUGGAGGAG